UUACUGCGGGCUCGGUGUGGAUAUUCUACCUCUGUGUGUUUGGAACUGAACGAACUGAAAGAAUGUGGUGGAUUUUAUUUCUUGAUAGAUACCGUUAACGUUACUAAUGGACUGACAGACGUGGACCCGGAGCUGUCCGUUCCGUGCCGGUCCGGUCUGUGGAUCAGGACCAGAUUUUUUCAAGUGGUGCAGAAGAGGAACUCGAGCACUGCAGUGAAACAUGACGUUUGGUGGAUCCAUUACUUGGAAUAGCAGAAGACCCACACAGCUGCCAUGUACAGUGGAUAUGGAGGAAGUCCAUCCAGAACUCUGUCCACCAUGUCGCUGUCUGUUCGCCCUGUCAGACGCUUCUCCUCCAAACCCAUCACUAGGAGCCAGAGCUUCACUGGAGUCAAUAGUAACAACAGGUCAUACAGGAAUCUGUCAGUGUUCAGUACUCCAGGUCUGAACAGGAAGCCCAGCAGAGCUAGCAGGAUGUUUACCAUGUCCAACAAGUCCAACCCCCCACCCAAAGUUCCUCAGCCAGAGCGUCUGGAUAAGGUCUACCAGGCCCUAAAGAAAGGCCUUCAGUCAUACUUGCAGGCCCAUCAGAUGGACUUGGACAACCUCAACCGACAGAUGAAGGAAUCCAAAAGGAAUUCUCGAUUGGGUUUCCUAUAUGAACUGGAUAAGCAAGUGAAGUUGACAGAGAGAUUCAUCAGAAGAUUGGAGUUCCACCUUAGUAAGAUUGAGGAGCUUUAUGAAGCCUACUGCCUGCAAAGGAGGCUCAGGGAUGGAGCCAACAAGAUGGUGAAGGCUUUCACAGCCUCACCCACCAGCAAAGACGCCAAAGAGAGUCUAGCAGAGGCCAGUAAAGGGUACAAAGAAUACACAGAGAACAUGUGUAUACUGGAGAGUGAGUUGGAGAACCAGUUAGGAGAGUUUCGUAUUAAAAUGAACGGUCUAGCUGGAUUUGCUAGACUGUGUGCUGGUGACCAGUAUGAGAUCUUUAUGAAGUAUGGUCGACAGCGGUGGAAACUCCGUGGCAGAAUUGAAAUCAAUGCUAAGCAAGUGUGGGACGGUGAAGAGAUGGUGUUUUUGCCACUUAUCAAUGAGUUCCUCUGUGUUAAGGUAACAGAGCUGAAGAGCUUAGCCAAUCACGUGGUUGUUGGAAGUAUUUCUUGUGAGACCAAGGAUCUGUUUGCUGCACUUCCACAGACGGUUGCCGUGGAUAUUAAUGACUUGGGGACCAUUAAGUUGAGUCUUGAGGUCACUUGGAAUCCAUUUGAUAAAGAUGACCAAGGGUCUGUGGCGAGCACUGUCACCAAAGCUCCUUCUAUCAGUAAGAGAUUCUCCACCAUUUUCAACCAGAGUCCUCCAGACACGCCAUCUCUACGAGAACAAGCCUUCUAUAAUAUGCUUCAGCGUCAUGACCAGUUAGACAGUGGCAGAGCCUGGUCAAAUUCAUCUGAGUCAUCUGAUGACUCCUCUAGUCCUCAGCUGACCGUUGGAGGAACAUGUAGCUCAGCACAUCAUAAGUCAGUGCUCAUGACGCAAGAGCUCCAGUCAACUGUAACAGGAAGUUCCUGCUCCCAGUCCAGUGUCUCAAUUUGUCCCAGACACUCAGUAUCUUCCACUCCAGAUUCAGUUAGUGCUAUUACUGAGCGAGUCAACACAUUGGAACAGGAACCAGAGAGCAGCAGGGCAGUAGACAAGGCAGUGGUCGGUAUGAUGACACAAACUCACGCUGAGGAUGGUGAUGAAGGGAAACCAUCUCCCAUGGCGGCAGUGGAUGAGACGGUGAUGGGCAACAGCCAAACCCACAGCUACUCACGCUCUCUGAGUCACAUUAGUGAAAGCAGCAUUGAUGAUGUUAUGGUAAUGGACAGGUCAGCCAGCAAAUCAGGGGUGGUCAUGUCUUUGACAUCUGGGAUUUCCAUUAAUGACAUAGCACUGGAGAUACCUAUCAGAGCUCCUGAAUCGCCCAGUAGCCUUUCAACAAGGCCCAAAACUAAUGAAAACAGACCUGAUGAUGUCACAACAUCGAAUCAACAGCCAAUCGAAGACACUGUGUCACAGAGGAAGGCACAACCACAGCUACAGCAUCACAGUCCAUCAGACAGCGCUGAUGGCACAUAUGUGGCCCGAUGGAUGACCGUGGAAGAGGAAACAGAGGGGGCAGCAGCUGAUGGAGUGUGUGAAGAGGGUGAAUGGACUAUGAACGACAUACUGGAGGACGUUCUGAUGGCCGUCAUGUCCUCUCUUGGCGAUUACAGAGGACAGUUCCCUGAACUACAGUUACUGGAACAAGAGCUGAAGCUGCUGCACGUCACACUGAAGGGCGGCAGACGUUCUCCCAGUGUGGUCAGCCUCACUGUGGAAACAGCUCUGGGUAGCUUUGACUUUCUCAACACAUCUGACUGGGAGGAAGAAGAGGAAGAACGGAGUGAGAAGGGGAGGAGAAAUGACAGGUCUGUGCAGGGCAGAGGAUGGAAAAGCUCCUCCCCUCUCACCACUGGGUGCAGUGCUCUUGACCGCUGCCUGGUGGUUCAUCUGCAGAAUUGCAGUUCACAGCUGCUGCGUCUGGGUGUGUUUGGUCCUCUUCGUUGUGCAGAAAUGUACGCCUUAGACACACUGUUAAGGGAAGCUCGAGUUCUGGGCAUGAUUCGACACAUUACCAAGGAAAACCCAUGGCAUCACACACAUCCUGCUGAAGUUAUACCACAGCUGGACCUUGUUCUGGGGGCUGUGUCACUAUGGCAACGACUACUGAAGCAGGGCAGUGUGUACAGCGUUUCUGUCGAUACCUUCUUGUCCACUCUGACUUCAGUUUACUCCAACAUACUGCCUGAGCGGACCAGUAACAUGGCUGACACAGUGUUCUUGCAUCUAGCAGAGCGAGUACUGGGUCAGCGACUACCACAGCGAAGAGGGAAGAGAGACAAAGUCAUAGUGACACUGUUUCAGCUGUGGAGUUACCUAGAGGUCAAUGGCGUCAGUGACAUGGAAAGGCACAUAACUGAGCUGGCAGAAGAAGUGUGGCUUGUCCAGAGCUUGGCAUCAUGUGACCAGGAUGUGAUCGUCCACACUCUGCAACAUUCCACACAGUUCAGUCUGAGGAGAGAAGGACUACGCGCUGUUGCCAAACUACUGAAAGAACCACAAAGCAAAGUGUCAGCCUCUGCCAGCUCUGUACUUAGGAACCUUACCAGCCAACCCAGACAGAGAGAACAGGCUUUGGUCAGCUGUCUGGAGCUGCUGGAAGAUGAAGAUGUGGAAACCAGAGUGUGUGGUUGCAAGGCCUUAGGCUGUCUAAAGGCCAAAGAAAGCAUCGAGCAGCUAGUGUACCUUUGUCGUACAGACAAGGAGGAAGUCCGAGAUGCCGCCAAACAAUCUCUGCUUGUAUUUGGAGAGGAGGGGAGGAUGGCCCACAGACAUGUGGAGAUGUCUCAGGAUACCAUGCCAAGACUGUUCGCUCCUGGAAGCAUGGCCAGCACUGCAUUCUAGCAUAACACACAGGGCCAAAACUCAUUUAAUAAUAAAAAAUAAAUGUUAUGUCCAGGUCUACUAACACUUACACUGACACAACAUUAUAGUAUACAUCCUACUUUUCUUCCACCCCAUCAUUACCACUAACACUUAUCCACUUAUGACAUUUAUGAAAUAUACAAUAGAACCCUAACAGUCUGUAAGAACACUGUGAAAUGAUGUGAACAUCAUCAGCUUUAUCAGGUAAACAGCAUGAGCUUAAAUGAGUCAGACUGUAAAGACAAAUGUGUGAGCAGAUGUGAGUGGAGGGAUGAAGAUAUUUGGAUGUUUAGAAAUCAGAAGGAAAUACUGUUUGAUAUUGUAGGCUUUGAUAAUAUACUGUGUGCCAAAGAUUUUGAUAUGAAAGCUCUGCAUUGAAAACUGCGUUUGACAGGUUGAAGGUUCAAACCAGGAGGCUUAACUACAUUUAACUGCAUCAUUCACUAUGAUAGUGCAACUAACCUGACUAUUCUUUAAAUUGCGUUGAUUCUGAUACCUCUAGAGGACAGUUUUUAUCAAGUCUUUCCCAGUUUUGAAGUGAUGUACUGUACCCCACUGUGUUUUUGGCAGUAACAUUUGCAGUGUGCACAUAAUCUUUGAAUUCAGGAGGCAUCGUCUUCCAGAGAAGUUUGACACCUUAUAUAAUACUAAAAUAGUGUUAUUAUUUCUAGUUUUGGUACAACGUGAUGGACCACACUGACCAACAUAAUUUAAUUAAUUAAUUUAUGUACACAGUGUAGUAAUAUUUUGCAAUUACUAAACACA